AUGGUUAAUGAUUAUGAGACUUAUUACCUUCUUUGUCAUCAGAUAAUCCUGGCUGAUGAGUGCACGGAAGCAGAGGGACGAGCGUGGCAUAUGAAGCACUUCGCUUGCGCGGAGUGCGCGCGGCAGCUCGGCGGGCAGCGCUACAUCAUGAGGGAGGCGCGGCCCUACUGCCUGCCCUGCUUCGACGCCUGCUUCGCCGAGUACUGCGAUGCGUGCGGCGAGCCCGUCGGCGUCGACCAGGGCCAGAUGUCUCACGAGGGACAGCACUGGCACGCCACCGAGCGAUGCUUCGCCUGCCACACUUGCCGCGCCAGUUUAUUGGGGAGACCAUUCCUCCCGCGAAAGGGUGCGAUAUUCUGCUCGAUAGCGUGCUCUAAAGGAGAACCUCCGACGCCGUCAGAUUCAUCGGGUCCUGGACCCCGACCUCCACGAGUACCUCGACCUAGAAGAAUGCCGUCACCAAAAUCAUCACCACCGAGAAGUCCCCAACGCGAACAGUCACCGCAUAUAGACGCUGAUUCAGAGCCGAGUGGAUCUCUAGCGCCGGAGUCCCCUCCGCCGCACCCGCCCCCACCGCCACACGCUUGCCUUAGCUUAGAUAGAGCGUUAGCAGAUUUGAGAUUAGAACAAUCCAUAACGGAACAUCAGAUACAGCCUAGUCCAAAUUCUGAAGAGAAAGAGGAAUCGCCUGAAGACUGGAAACCGCCGCAUCCAGUCGAAGCUCAAGCGGUCGUAACUCCCGGACAUUCUACAUCAAUGCCGGAGCUGACGUUAGUAGAUUCUAGAAAGUCUCCAAGGAAGCCGAGAGGUGGUCGAACAGUGCGGUUUUGCGGGGACGACAACGAAGCCUUCGAGCCAGAUGAGCCGAUACGAAGAGAAAAGGUUCGAGACGAGGACGCCAGCAGUUACUGCAGCACGUGCUCAUCCUCGUCCUCAUCAGCGGAGUCGUACACGCUGCCGACGAGACGAGCGUAUGGCGGAGUGCGGAUAUCAUACGUGCCCAACGACGCCGUGGCCUGCGCCAAGAGAGAGAGACAGAGGAAGAACGGCCCUCACGACAAGAACUGCAUCAUCUCGUGAUGUUUGCUCACGGCCCGCACCAUCCCUCCUAGCGACACCGACCUCCGAUGACAAGACUGACUCAUUGUAAGUUGUUAGCCCCACACGCCAUAGUAAGUUAAGUAUGCCAGGCCAAGUCUUCCUUUUGCUUUGAGGCUUUGAAACUUGCCGCAGAACGUAGCCGACGUGGUUACAGUGAAAAUGUUUUUUGCUCAACGUUGAAGUAAAACUUCUGAACCACGAGAUUAUGUCUUAAUGCCCAUUAUUUAUGAAUAUAGUUUUAUAAUUUUUUGACACUUAAAUCUUUAGUUUUCACAUUAAUAUAAUAAGAUCUGCCUUCCAAAUCCAAGUCAAACUCUUCGUUAAGCUACAACAUAAUUUUUUCUGUCAAUUUAACGUCAAUCCAUUAUUUUUUCUAUAUUUUAACUUCUGUUUUUAGUUAAAUUAAGUACUGAUACGAGAGAUGAAAUACAAAAAUAUUAUAUUAAAUUAAUAGCUAAACUUUCCUGGCUCGCUCUCAUAGAGGUUAUACUUCAACAAGCCCAGGUGCGUUCACACAAUGCGCACACGAUUGUGAUUAAACGUUAAAGGGUCCCGACUAAUGGAAUUUUGGACGAAAUAAUUUUUGUACUAAUCGCUUUUAAUGUGACAUGCGCACAAUUCGACUUUCGGAUUCAAUUAAAAGGGUUAUCGCGUUGCCUUGCUUUGAAAUUCGAAUGUCAUUUGUCAGCGGCCCGAAAUAUUUGUCAAGCAUUUGUAUGUACGGGAAAUAGUCUUGAUAUACAGUGUAAUAAUUAAUUACUAUAAUAAUACUGAUUAAUUUCAUGACAAUAAUUUGUUGUGUAUUUUCGUGCUACAUUGCGAAUUUUGAUAUGACUUCACCUAAAAUAUCGUUGGGAGCGUAAAGAAUGAGAUGACAUCAGCUUUAACUUAUUCUGAAUAUUAAUAUAUAAAUAAUCGCUUAGACAUAUCUAAUGCUUAACGCGCAUGUAUUAUAAUUUCAAACAUAUCCCAUUUGCCAGUUAGGUUAGGUAAGGUUAUAAGUACAAAAGAAUGUGCGUGGUAAUAUAUUUUAUUACUUCUGUAAACAAAUUUGUGUUCCACCCUGUAUAUAUUAAGAUUUAACCUUAGAAUAGAGACUGGUUCGAAGGACAUAACCUAUUUUGUCAAUAUAGAACCCCGUCUUGAAUUAUACUAAUGUCUUAAGACGUACUAUUGGGAAAUAUGUCUGAUAGUGAAGAGGCAAAAAUAUUUGUAAUCCAUAAUUUUGAUUCCAAUAAAUAAACAAAUCAUAUAACUUUCUUAAUACUUAAAUUGAUUAUUGAAAUAAACAUAAUGAUGAUUGUAUAAUAGCCAUUAAGAAAAGGGUAUGUUAAUACGGAACGUAAAUUAAUUAAGGUCGAAAAUGAAUCAGAAUUUGUAGAUAAAUACGGAUGAAUUGUUCUCUACAAAUUGUUUAAAAUGAAGCUUCAGUUUAUAGUGAAUAUGUGAAAUAUUUAAUAACGAGAAGUCGAUUAUUUACGGCCUGUAAUUUACGUUCCGUUUUACUAUGUUAUUGCAUUUAUAAAACAAAGAAACUUAUGAAAGUUAAAAAAAGAAACAACUAUAAUGAAAAAAACAACAAACCAUCAAUUGAAAAUGUAUCGAACUAAUAAAUCAAUUAAAUUAGAAAUAUACA